CCUUGUUCCCCCUAAUAUAUAUAUAAAAUUAACUACAACACAUGUCCUCUUCAUACUUUCAAAAGCUGCAUGUUUGUAAAAUAGAGUAUUAUGGCAAAAACAUUGAUUCAACGCUUUUUCUUAAGGACAGCCAAUUUUACCUAUGCGCCUUUUAAAAUAUGGGGUCAUCGAAGACCAGAAGCGGAGCCUCCCUCCCCACCUUAUUUUUUGUUCCUGAAUUGAAACAAUGCACAUUCUCAAUCUACCUUCGGAAAUCCUUCAAAAGAUAGUGAACUUUUCAGAGCCACAAUCUCUGCUCGAAAUAGCUAUUGUUUGUAAGGGGUUGUCUUUGUCUGGUUUUCGGCGUAUGUAUAGUGAAUUGUGCCUGGACGAUGAAGGCUUUAAAGUUACAAUGGAUCUAUUGAAAUUGGAUGCAAAAAAACGCGACAGAUACUUUCAACAUGGUUCUUUGGUCAAGCAACUAAAAAUUGAUGUGCCCGAUCCAAGUAUUGAUGAUGUGGCUACUUUUGGGGAACCUAAUCCACACGACUUUAUAUCGCUUUUAAAUUAUUUUCCAAAUAUUUUGGUUCUGGAUGUAAAUGACACUAUCUACGCCGACAGUUGCCUCAGAGGCAUUGCUUGUGAUACUUCUGGAGUAAUUUUACAAUAUAUACAACAUAUUGUGCCUUCGGUAGAGAUAGGUGGACUUACAUCAUGGCGUACUCAUUUUGCAGCAUGUUACGUGCGCCGUAAAACCAUCACCAAACUUCAAACACGCUAUUACAAAAACAUGUUACGUGGACGUAAUACGUUAGAUCUAUUGGGUCAUUUUAAACAAUUGUCUGAACUGACAAUUAUAAACGACCGUUAUGAUUUUUUUUUUAUGCCGGACAUUUUAUCAGCUUGUCCAAAGCUAAAAGUACUCAACUAUAAAGACUCUUGUGAUGAGUCUAAAGAAACGAUGAUAGGAUCUUUUUUGAAAAACAACCCUUCUUAUUGCAACAUGACGAGUUUAACAACACUGAAACUUUGUGUUCCCUCGAUCUCUGCAAAUUACCUACAAUACAUAACGGAUUACGUUUCACUAGAACAGCUUCAAACUCUGGAUUUAAAAAUGCGUAAUGAUGAUUUUUGUAGCUGGGUAGACAAUAUGGGGCUGGAUAAUGUACUUAAGUUUACAAAGAGGUUAUGCAGUGUCAGCAAGUUCCAGCUAACGUGGCCACCUGUUAAAAAAGAAGGGAUGAUAACACCGAACACAUAUAGAUCAAAUAUGAGAGAGUUCUUCCAGUUCGUCAAAACAUUUAAAACGGACAAUAAUACUUUUUUCUCUCUGGUGUUUAGAGAUUUCCCGAGGGCUUAUCAGGAUUUAAAUGCAACCGGAGGACUAGACGAAGAAAAAUGUGAAAUCUUGCAGAGUCGGAUCGAAUAUAAUUCAAAGAUAGGAUACAGCUUCCGAUAUAAAUUGGAAUCUUCUGAUUUUAACUUCUCUAAACACAAAUUAUCUAAUAAUGAAAACGAGCUGAAUAGUCGUUUUCCAUUAAAAAUAGAUGGACUGGACAAGAUGAAUGUCAUAAAUGCUUGUAUCACCAGCAGCUCGAUCUGUUAUAAUUUUAAUCAAGACAUACCCUUUCAACUUCUACAGCUUGCAUUGAUUAAUUGUCCCUAUCUCGAGUACUAUCAAUCUACCUUUCAUCGCCAUGGUAAAAGACGCUUAACAAUAGGUGCUGAUAUCACUCACAGUUACAGAUAUUACCAAGACAAACGUUUUAACUUUAUACCUUCAAGUACCAUAGACAAUUUGAAAUCCGUCAAAUUUGAGAACUUUUUACCAGAACAACGAUUACUGGAUCUGGUGUCAACUCAUUUGCCAAACAUAAAUACGUUCGCAUGCUUAGGAUCUGACGUUGAUGCUGGCUACUUGAGUAAUAGCAGUAUUGAUCUGACUAAUUUCGAAAACCUAGAUACCGUUUACUUUGAGGUGGAAAACUUUCAACACGAUCUCAGACAUUAUGUUGUGCAUUUGCAAUAUACAGAUGGGGAUGAAAAAUGCUUCUACCAUAAUAUACAGUACGUGGAAUCAUCAAAAGUAAAGUUUUUUGAGGUCAUUCACCCGUGCGAUAUUCCCCAUUCUCUCACCCGAGUUGUGACAAUCAAAUGUAAAAAGAAGCACAAAAUCACCAUUGGCUCUUCAACUGUAGGUGUACUAGCAGGUAUUGUAAACGGUCAUCAUUUACCCCGCGUUAGCGAUGAUUGUCAUAACUUCUUUAAAACUUUCAAGUGUACCUUUUAAGUUUCUCAAAAUUUAUUCUAAUAAAAAAGGAAUCUUUUUUUUUCAGUCA